CGCGGGGACGCGCGUGCGCGGUCGGCGGCCGCGAUGGAGGGCGCCUUGACCGUCCGUCAGGUAAUAAAAGAAGGGGAUUCAAGCCUUGCCACUGAGUUACAGGAGGAGGUCGAGGAAAAUCCCAACCCAACUGUGGAUGAGAAUAAUACCGUGUCAGCUAGGAAACAGGGACCAAAUUCGCAUAAUUGGAGUGGUGACUGGAACUUUUGGAUUUCAAGUUGCACUUAUAAAGAGAGAAAUGAGGAAUACAGAAGACAGUUCACACAUCUACCUGAUACAGAGAAGCUGAUAGCAGAUUAUGCUUGUGCUCUUCAGAGGGACAUUUUGCUUCAGGGACGACUAUACCUUUCAGAAAACUGGCUAUGUUUCUAUAGCAACAUUUUCAGAUGGGAAACUACAAUUUCUAUUGCUUUAAAGAAUAUAACCUUCAUGACCAAGGAGAAAACUGCUCGACUUAUCCCAAAUGCUAUCCAGAUCAUCACAGAGGGUGAAAAGUUUUUCUUUACAUCUUUUGGUGCCAGGGAUAGAAGUUACCUCAAUAUCUUUAGGUUAUGGCAGAAUGUAUUAUUAGAUAAGAGCCUGACUAGGCAGGAAUUCUGGCAACUUCUCCAGCAGAACUAUGGCACUGAGCUAGGCUUAAAUGCUGAAGCGAUGGAAAACUUGUCACUGUCGACUGAGGAUGUACAGCCAAGAAGUCCAGGAAGCAGUUUGGAUGACUCUGGGGAGAGAGAUGAGAAAUUAUCCAAGUCAAUCAAUUUUACCCAUGAAUCAAUUAUUCGGGUUUCAGAAACAGAUUCAUUUGAUGGAAAUUCUUCAAAAGGAGGUUUAGGGAAAGAGGAGCCUCAAAGUGAGAAACAGAUCAAAAAGAGUCCUUCACUAACUUCAGAAAAGAGGUUAAGUAGAGUGCCAUCAAAAUCACUGGACUUGAAUAAAAAUGAAUAUCUUUCUCUGGACAAAAGCAACACUUCAGAUUCUAUUGAUGAAGAAAAUAUUCCUGAGAAAGAUCUUCAUGGAAGACUUUAUAUCAAUCGUGUAUUUCAUAUCAGUGCUGAGAGAAUGUUUGAAUUACUCUUUACCAGUUCACGUUUUAUGAAGAAAUUCACCAAUUCUAGACAUAUAAUAGAUGUAGUAUCUACCCCUUGGACUAUAGAACCUGGAGGUGAUCAACUGAGAACUAUGACCUACAGGAUAGUUCUUAAUAAUCCACUUACUGGAAAAUGCACUGCUGCCACUGAAAAACAGACACUAUAUAAAGAAAGUCGGGAAGCACAGUUUUAUUUGGUAGAUUCAGAAGUACUGACACAUGAUGUCCCCUACCAUGAUUACUUCUAUACCCUGAACAGAUAUUGUAUCAUCCGAUCUUCAAAACAGAAAUGCAGGCUAAGAGUUUCUACAGAUUUGAAGUACAGAAAACAGCCAUGGGGACUUGUCAAAUCUUUGAUCGAGAAGAAUUCUUGGAGUUCAUUGGAGGACUAUUUCAAACAACUUGAAACAGAUUUGUUGAUGGAAGAAUCUAUAUUAAAUCAGUCCAUUGAAGACCCUGGAAAAGUUAGUGUCCUUCGAAGGAGAAGGCGAACAUUCAACCGAACAGCAGAAGCCAUUCCUAAGCUUUCUUCUCAGCAUUCCUCUGGAGAUGUGGGCUUAGAGGCCAAAGGGGAUAUCUCAGGAAAGAAAAAGGAAGUAGAGAGCUAUAACGCUGCUCUUAUUGUAGUGAUGAGUAUUUUUGUGCUGCUGCUAGUUUUGUUGAAUGUGACACUGUUUCUGAAGCUGUCAAAGAUAGAAUAUGCUGCUCAGUCCUUUUACCAUCUCCACCUCCGAGAGGAGAAAUCUCUAAAUUUAGCCUCUGAAGUGGUGUCAAGGGCAGAAAAUAUUCAGAAGAACAAAGAUCAGGCCCAUCGUUUAAAGGGAGUGCUCCAAGACUCUAUAGUGAUGCUUGAACAGCUGAGAAGCUCACUCAUUAUGCUUCAGAAAACCUUUGAUCUACUAAAUAAGAAUAAGACUGGCAUGACUGUUGAAAGCUAGUGAUCUUAAGGACUGAAACGAUCGAGAUACUUGAAACUAAAAGAUAACAUCCAGAAGAAAACCAGAGGAUGAAGGAUUCUGACAUAGGGACAUUUCCAUGUUUUCUCAUUAUUGGAUUUCUAUUAUGAAUUCUUUUCAAUAACACUUAUUUGAUAAUUAGUUUGAUGGCUUUAAGAAAAUCCAGCCUUUCAUUUCUUACAGAUAUUUUUAAGCUGUGAAUUUCUCCAGUAAACUAUGAAAUAUAUCAUAGAACUGAAUUUCUGUGAUGCAAAAAGAAAAUGAGACGCUGAAUUGAAAGACACAGUCUUAAUUCUAUAGUGAGAUUUGCAGUUUGAUGGUUUAAGUUUAUCUGUCAGCACAUAAUCAGUACAUGU